AUGCCUAAGCAUGUGGACAUGGAGGCCUCGGGUCAGGAACAACGCUCCCAAGAGCUGGAUUUAGAGGAGAUCACCAGGAAAAUCUCAUUUCUUGACAAGUGGAGGGAAAUCUUUAGCUAUCAUGGGCUGGGAACCAAUAAUACAACUCCUCAGAGUCACAGAGGCAGCCAUAUAUCUGCAGAUGAAACUGAGCAUGGAACAGGAAUAGCUCAGCCCAAGGGACAAGGAUAUAUGCCAUCGAUCAGCCUUUGUCCUAUUCCCAAACCCUCCGUCAUCUCUUCAAAAUUAAGAGGCUUCCCUAUCUCUCUGGCAAUGGCUAUGAAGUUGCAGCAAAGUCUUUUUGAAAGCCCAGUUCAUGUCUUCAGUUAUGACUGGAAAAAGGCCUUUUUCAGCUUCCAUGAUCCUUUUUCUGACCUGGCUUUCACUUUAGAAAUGGGAAAGGGAGGUGCCCGCACCAUCCAGAUGGCUGUCCAAGGGUCCAUCCUCAAGUACUUGUUAUUUACAAGGAAGGAGAAAGACUGUAACUUCCACAGCUUACGUGCAACGAGCAAGCUGCAGCAGGAGCGAGCCCUGGCCUCGGCACUGGCCGGCAUCCUGUGGGCUGCAGGGGAUGCUCAGAAGGCCAUUGUCUGUCUUGUCACUGAGGACACGAAUGUUGCCUUGACUCCUGACUACUCCAGGGACGGUUUCACUGAGCGGCUGCAGCUGUUUGAACUCUUACAGAAGGAAGCCACUGAGAAAUUCAUCUAUGAUCAUUUACAAUGUUUCAAAGAGGAAGGAAAUCACGGUGUCAUACUGUUUCUCUACAGUCUAAUCUUCUCUAGAACAUUUGAAAGGCUUCAGACAGACCUGGACAUCUCCACUACUCAGCUGUUACAACCGAGUGCUGGAGGCUUUCGGUGCAGGCAGGCAGUCCUGAACCUGAUUUUAACUGGAAGAGCCAGCCCUAACGUCUUCAAUGGCUGUCAGGAAGGAGAGGCUGGGGAGGUGCUGCGUGGCGUUCUGUCCCGAAGUGACCUAGGCUAUUUGCAGUGGGAGAAGAACAUGGCAGAAGACAACAGGAUGUCACAGGUGGGCAGCAUGCUGAAGACACCUAAAUUUCCCAUCUGGCUGUGCAACAUCAAUGGGAAUUACAGCAUCCUUUUUAGCACCAACAGACAGCUUUUAUCGGACUGGAAGAUGGAGCAUCUCUUUGAUCUGUACUUUUACAGUGGGCAGCCCUCUCAGAAGCAGCCCUUCCAUCUUACAGUUGAUACUCACUCCCAUCCCUGGGAAAGUGAUCAGUGUGAGGAAAAUCACAGUGGAAAUCGGUGCUCGCCUGUGGAGAUGGCCAUCAGGACCAAAUGGAGAGAUGCCACCAUCAACUGGAAUGGAGCGCUCCCCUUUUUCUAAACAGCAAGUCAGGUUGUGC